AUGAGUCAACAGCAUAAUAAUCAAGAAACCUCAGCGGAACGGAAUGCUCACCUUGAAAGAAGACAUAUAAGGGAUCGGUUACGUCAAGAAAGAGAAACCUCAGAAGAACCAGUCUUAGACACCACCCCAACUGAACAGCUCCCAUUAAAUAAUAUUCAGGAAUUAACGCAAUAUGAUAGACAACUUUUAGGUGAAUUUCGUAAUUACAUGGCUAAACUCAAGAAUUUGCAUUGUUUCAUGUGUAAUAAAUAUUUUCCAACAAUCAAUCUUACUGGAAGUGAAUGUCAACGCUGUUAUAGUGAUAAAGAGCAAAUAAAAAAAUUCUCAUUAAAAAACAAUAUGGAUCCAGGGGAUGUACCUACUGAGUUACAAGGCUUGACCGAUAUAGAAGAGAUGCUAAUUGCUCAAGUGUUCCCUGUUAUGUCAGUAUACACUCUUAGAGGAGGUCAAUAUGGAUACCGGGGAAAUAUAAUCAAUUUUCCACAAGACAUUGCUGAAUUUACCACUCGACUUCCUCAUCAUCCUUCAUCUCUUGAAAUUUGUGUUGUACGUUGGCAGUCUGAGGAUGGGUCAACAUUUAGAGAUUUUAAAGUUCACCGAAGAAAAGUUGCACAAGCACUACAAUGGCUAAAGGAAAAUAACACCUACUAUAGUAAUAUUACUAUUGAAAAUGAUGUGCUCCAAUUUUUAAAAAAAAUCAGUAUUAUUUUAGAACAAAUUCCACAGCUCAAUAAUAAUCAACCUAUUGACAAAAUAGAUCCUAAUAAUGUGAAUCUAAGUGUAAUUGAACAAGAAAGUGAUGAUUAUGAUGUAAUAACAAGUUCUUUUGUUCCAAUUUCUUCUCUCAGUAACUGUGAAAGACAUGCUAUCAGAAAUGCUCUUAGUCAUAUGCAAGACAAUCAACAAAAUGAAGAUACCACCAUUAAAUAG